AUGUCUCAGUCCCUACGUCCUUAUCUCACAGCAGUGCGCUAUUCCUUACAAGCUGCUUUAAACCUAACGAAUUUCUCUUCACAAGUGGUAGAGAGACACAACCGGCCUGAAGUCGAAGUAACAAACACAAGCGCAGAACUACUCCUGCAGCCUAUGCACAUCUCGAGGAAUGAGCAUGAACAAGUUUUGAUCGAGCCCAGCGUAAACUCGGUGAGAGUCAGCAUCAAGGUCAAGCAGGCGGACGAAAUCGAGCAAAUUUUGGUGCACAAAUUCACUCGGUUCUUGGAACAGCGUGCAGAAUCAUUUUACGUGUUGAGAAGAGUGCCCAUUGAGGGUUUCAGCAUCUCGUUUCUGAUCACGAACAAGCACACCGAGACGAUGAAAACAGAAAAGCUGGUAGAUUUUAUUAUAGAGUUCAUGGAGGAAGUUGAUAAAGAAAUCAGUGAGAUGAAGCUGUUCUUGAAUGCGAGGGCCAGGUUUGUGGCCGAGGCGUACCUUGGGGAGUUUGUGUAUUGA